AUGCACGAACCUGAAGUUCUUCAACUUUGUGCAAAAGACUUGAAAGAAAGGCAUAUUCUUCCACACAACAUAUCUUUUCAAAUUAUAACAAAGCCAUCGUGCUAUAAAUACUGUGGGGUUGAAAAUGCUGCAUAUUUGCAUAUAAUGCACAAUGCUUCGUUAUUUUUGGGACCUGGUUGUAUUGAAGAGAUGACUGUUAUUGGCCAAUUAGUUUCACAGUGGAAUGCGACAAUUAUUGCACACUUAUCUGGUGCUGAUUAUCUAUCGGACCAUUCAAUUUUUAGUACUCUCGGAUCUGUCACAUUAACUGCGGCACAUGAAAUGGCUCGAGCUAUUUAUGCACUUCUUCAGUUGUAUGGCUGGCAAAGGGUCCACACAUCAAUUUAUUAUUUUUUUUUGCUCAUUUAUCCAGCUCUACUUGCGAAUCUAAUAUUUUCAUUUUUCAUAAUAGCGAUUAUCAAGCCAAUCACUGAUUCUGAAAAGCUUUCUACUCAUGGACUCCUUGCAUUUACCAAAUACGGGCUUACUAUCAACGAUGAAAUCAUCAUCAAUCCACAAGCGAGUGUUGACGAUAUAAUAACAAAUGAUUAUUAUCCAUGGGAGACCGCAAAUUCCAACAAGGAAGAAAUAAAGAAUGCUUAUGCUGAUACACUUCUCAUAACACCUAAUGGAUACAAUAGGAACUUUGUUAAAAAUUUCCAGAAGAAAUUUUCUCAAGAAACUGGCAUUAUAGAUAAUUUUGUAAGUGAUUUCCUGGAUACCAAUUAUUCAACAUUGGUUUAUAUGGGACUAUACGAUGCAUUAUAUUUGUAUGGUCUUGCUGUACGUGAUGCUUAUGAUAUUACUGGAAAUGCCGGUAUUCAUGAGGAUGGAGCUUUCAUCUGGAGCAAAAUGGCACGAAAACAAUUUAUAGGGACGACGGGAAAAGUACUAACUAAUAACCAAGCUGAAAGAAUUCCGAGCUAUACAGUUUCCCGAGUAGUAAAUGGUACAUUACAAAGUGUUAUUGAAUUCGAACCAAAACUUAGUGAGCAAAGCAAAUGUAAAGUGAAGAGAGACUGUACUCUACAAAUACCACAUGAGGUAAUGUUUAAUUAUUGGCCAUUACCGAAUGGGAUGAUGCCAACAGAUUUCCCGUCUUGUGGAUAUGAUGGAUCUCUUUGUGAUCCUACGAUGUACUUUAUUAUUGCCGGUCUAACAAUCCUCACCAUUUUGCUAGUAACAAGUGGAUAUGGACUUUAUAAAAUACAAUAUAAUCGAAUGAUAUAUGAUAUGAUAUGGCGUAUUCCUAGAAAUACUGUGCAAAUGAAUGAUGAUACAUGCACUAAAUCGCGUGUUUCGGUGAGAACUUCAAUUUGUUCGUCUGGAAAAACUGAAAAUGCCGUAUGUGGAGGUGUACAACUAAAUGUUAUAAAAUACCUUCAAUUAAAAAAUAUAUCAUUUUCUAAACAAUAUUUACGUCUUUUGAAAGAGGAUGUUCUAUUCAAUGGUGAUUUGAAAUUGGAAAGAAAUUUCCAAAUAUCCUUCGCGAAAGAUGUUAUCAAGGGAAUGUCAUUUCUGCAUUCUUCCAUAAUAGAAUGCCAUGGCUUUUUUUGUUUACAAAAUUGCCUCGUUGACUCGAACUGGAAUAUAAAAUUGACAAAUUACGGCUUAUAUACCAUGAUUCAUGAGAAACUAUUUGCGAAUGAGAUAAAGGCAGUCGAAGAUGACCAAAAUAAUGAAAACGAAUUGCAUAAAAGUAAGAGAAUAAUAAAAGGAUACGUGCAGCAAGCUCCAGAAGUCAUUCGAGUCAUACUGGCAACUAAAAACUUACCAAAGCCGACUCAAGCUGCUGAUAUGUAUGCGCUUGGAAUGGUGUUAUAUCAAAUUUUGUUUGGACUUGAGCCAUUUUAUGAGCAGUCAAGUGAAAAAUUGCUACAAAAAAUUGCAAUGUUUAAUGAUGAUGAUCAAGAUCAAUGUGUUCGACCAACGUUCCCGAAUAGGCCAUCAGAAGAGAACUAUAAUCUACAGUUAAUUAGUGGUAUAGAGGCGUGUUGGCUCGAAUUGCCAGAAAUGAGACCAAAUAUGAAGAAGAUGAAGGCAAUCGUCAAUUCAAACCUAAAAUCAACGGUCAAAGGAUCACUUGUUGAUCAAAUGGUCAAAAUGAUGGAGGAGUAUGCAGCAAAUUUGGAAGGAAUUGUGCAAGAUAGAACAGCUUUAUUAGAAGAAGCACAACGACAAGCUGAUAAACUAUUAUAUAACAUGCUGCCAAAAAAGAUUGCUGAUGAUCUAAAAAUGGGAAAAUACAUACCACCACAGCUGUAUCCAAGUGCGACUGUCUUAUUUUCCGAUAUUCGUGGAUUUACGAUGAUUUCAGCUACUUCGACACCACUUCAAAUUGUCGAUUUUCUCAAUAGCCUUUUCUCAGGAUUUGACGCAAUUAUUGCUGACCAUGAUGCUUAUAAGGUGGAAACAAUCGGUGAUGCAUACAUGAUAGUUUCCGGAGUUCCCAUAGAGAAUGGCAAUACACAUGUGGAGAAUAUUGCUGAUAUUGCACUUAAGAUGCGAGAUUUUGUAAGCAAUUUUAAACUGGCCCAUAAACCAGAUGAAAAACUCAUGGUUCGAAUUGGAUUCCAUAGUGGAGCAGUUGCAGCGGGUGUUAUAGGAACAGCUGCUCCAAGAUAUUGCCUCUUUGGUGAUACAGUAAAUACAGCAUCACGUAUGGAAAGCACAGGCAUUCCGAAUCAAAUUCAAAUUAGCGAACAAUCAUAUAAUUUAUUGAACUGUUUUUAUCCAAAGUUUAAGAUUGUUGAAAGAGGAAAAGUCGAAAUAAAGGGAAAAGGCGAAUGUACAACUUAUUUUUUGGAAGGGAAAGAAUAA